AUGCUAAAUCGAAAUUUGUUUGAUUGCUUCUCUGAAUCCAAUACAAAAAAAAAGAUUGCUAUAAAUAGUGAUGAUGACUCUGUAGAUAUUCCAUCAAUAUCAAACGUCAAUAAGAUUAUACGUGAUGACUCUAACAACUACAGUGAAUUAUGCAUUUAUGCUAAACAAUCGCUAAGGAUUUGUACAAACCUGAAAUAUGACAUUAAACGUCUUCAUGAUGGGCAAGACUAUCUAAAAAUGAUGCUCGACAAAAUAUUUAAUCAAUUAAAUAAUCAAACAAAUUCAAAUAGUGACAGUCAUUCCUUAAAUCAUUAUGAUAUACCACAUAAUAUAACAAAUGAGAAUGAUUUAAAUGAAUGGGAAGAUACUAUAGAAGACUCAUCAUAUUUGUCAAAAGCUGCUCAACAACUUUCACUUAUGGGUAGCCAUAGUAUUUCAGAAACAGUAAGAAAGUUAAUGCAAAGAUUGUUUUCUGAUACAUUUUUAGUUGGCUACUCUUUCAUUGGUUUUAAAGGGAAAAAAACAUUUUCUAAUUUAAGGAGCUAUGAUCUUAUUAAGUAUAAGCUAUACUUAAUUUGUAUAAUUUGA